AUGACGGGUUUGAUGCACACUUCGGCACGUGUGCGGCCAACCACAUUGCUGGCACCGGUGACCCGGGUAUUUGGGCAGGGGUCUGUUCGACGAGACCACGUUCCUGAUUGUGCACAGGGAAGCCUGGUUGCAGAGAUCAGGUCGACAGUCGUGUUGUCUGACCGCUGCACCCUCCAACUGCAAGGCGGUCCCACAUUCUGCCGCGGAAGGCACGGGCAAGCUUCGAUGCAUCUAGCGGCAGAAGCUGUCAACUGUCGUCACAAACGUGUGCGCUGCAUGGAGAGCUUGGGCGCUGACCGGUGCGAUGCUUUACCGAAUCGAGGACCCCAGCGAGCCAUGCGGGCUAGGGUAAGCGUCCUUGGCCUCUCGAUGAAGGUCGUAGAUGACAUGAAAAACUUGUUCCCCAACAAGCUGCGCAUCUCACGCUCAAAGUGGCCACCAGACAGUCUGGAACUUGUACCUGCUCUUGGCUCCUACUGA